AUGAUUAUCACAAAUUAACCUUAGUAUUUAAAUGAUCGACUUAUAAAUAAUCUUAAAUAUUAUGAAUCCUCAGAUAAUUUGUUACAUCAUAUAAAUUAGAUCACUUUUUUAAAAUUAAGAGGAGGUGGAUGCUGUAACACAAAAUAAUAAAUUCAUGAUUUCUCAAAACUGAAUUAAAAAUAAAUUGAAGAAAAUUUUGUGUCUAACUUACAAUUAUUUACAAAUAUUAUAGUCGAAAAAUCUUUGAGUUUUUAAGAUAAUAUGAAUAAAGAUGAAAUACUUACUGCAUUUUAGUGGUUUUUAAAUCAAAAAGAGUAAUUUUUAAUUAUAUGUAAUGAAGAAAUUUUUAAUUAAACAAUAUAUGAAGUUAUUGAAAAAAUAUUAGAAUAAUUAUUGAAAUAGUUAAAGAUUUAUGUAAAAUUAUCAGGGUUUCUAUUUUAUCUCUUACUCUAAAUAUGUAAUGAUUUAUUUAGAAUUAUAUUUUCAUAUUAAUUAAAGAAUGAAGAGAGGUAUAUGUAAGAAGAUUUAAAAAAAACAUUUCUAGAAUAUAUAUCAGAAACAGAAUGUCAAAUUUAAGUUGAAGCUUUGAAUAUUUGGAUUAAUGGAGUGGAAUUUGAACUUUAAAUGAUUAAAACUUGUAUAGCUCAUUGUAGAACCAACUCUUAAUAAGGUAAAGAAUUAGUACUAUCUAUUAUGAGUGGUUUAAUUUCAUCAAUAUCUUAAUUAAAACCUAGUGAUGAAUUGAUAGAUUCGUUAAUUCAAGGAGGAAAAUUCUUACUUUUGAAUUUCUAUGAUAAAAAAAUUCAAAAUCCAAUUUAAAUAUAUGAAAUCUAUUAUUUUUUCGAAAAUUUGAAAUGGUCUAUAUUAAAUCAAUUGAAAUUAGGCUACUCCAUUUAAAAUAUUAUUUAAUAAAUUCAAGAUGCAUAUUUAAAGUAUAUAAAACUAUCCAAAGAUUGGAUGAUACAUUAUUGUUGGAUCAACUUGAUAUCAGAUAUAAUGUGUUAUAGACCAAUUGUUUAUAAAAAUUAAUUAUCAUAAAUAUUAUAAAAAGGAAAUUAAGAUUAAGAAACUUGGAAUUAAUUAAUUAUGUCUAACUAAAUAGUUUAGUUGCCAUAUCAUAAAUUUGCUGGUAAAUUAAAAAUGUUUGGAAAUCAAAAUUUUUCAUUUAAGAAGUUCGGAUCACUUAAAUUAUUUUAGGAGUACUUGAUCUCAAAUGAAAGUAAUAUUUUCUUAUUGCCAAACUAUGUCGAUUUUAAUUUUAAUUUAUAAAAAGAAGAGUAAUUAAAUGAUGAGGAUCUUUUUAUUUAAUUAUUAACUGAUUAAUCAAAUAUGGAAUUAAUAAAAAGCUUAAUCAAAUAAUUAAAGUCCUAAAAUGAAUAAAUAUUAAAUAAUUUUGAAGCUGCGAAAUAAUAAAUAAAUUUAUAUAAUUCUCAUCUUAAGAAUUAUAAAUAAUUUGAAAUCAAAAUACUUAGAUAAGAUAUUAAAUUUUUGAUGAACUAAAUAAAAAAAUCUAGCUUAUUAUUAUUAUUUUUAAUUUAUGAGAUUAAUUAAUUAACAAAUAAGGAAUUAUAAAUUAAUUCUAUUAUCUAAGUAUUUUUAGAAACAUAAGAUUCAAAUUAGGACGAAAAACAAAAAAUAUUAAAAAAAUCAACAAUCACAGUUAUUAAAGAAAAAGAAGAAAAAUAUUAAUUUGAAUUUUUAAAUAAUUUUAAUUCGAUAUCUUAAUUUUGGAUAUAAAUUUGUUAGUAUACAACAAUUUCAUAAGAGGAAUUAAUUAAUAUUAAUUCUGAUUUAGAGAAACCUAUAUCUAUUGAAUCUUAAUUGAACCAAAAUAUUUUAAUCCUAACAGAUAUAAUAAAUUACUUAGAUAAAUUUUUAAUCUAAACAAAUACAAUAAAGCGAAAUUUCUUAAAUUUAUUAGAUUAGAAUAAAUUCAAGACUUUUAUGAAAGAACCUAUCUCUUAAAAAAAUAUAGCAUAACUGUUAAUUAAGCUAUUUAAUCCAAAAAUUAUAUCAAAAUUAAUUGUUGAGAUUUGCCAAUAUUUUUAAAGCACAUAUAAAGAAAAAUUUGAAAUUCAAAAGAAGAUUGAUGUUCAAAAAAUGUUGUUUAUUAUUUGUUCGAACUUAAAUAUUUAUAAGGGUUUAAAAAUGAUUCUUAAUGUACAUCAUAGUAAAUUAUUAUCUAUAUCUAAUUAAUUAUAAGGUGUUUUUACAAAUAAAAGAACGAUGGAAAAUGAAAGAUAAAAUUAAAAUGAUACUAAUUAAUAUAUUAAAAAGUUAAUAAUCGAUAAAAAAGAGAAGUUGUAAAUUCUAUUUAACAAGUAUCGAAAUUUAGAAUUCACGAAAGAUGAAGUAACAGAAUUUAACAAUAUAUCAAAUGAAAUUAGUUUAGAAUUAUCUGAAAUAAAUAAAAAGGAUUAGUAAGAAUUAACUAAAACUCAUCAAAUAUUAUUAUUAUAAGAUAUUCAAACAAAAUUGGAACUUAUAGGUUUGGUUUAGUAAGAUAAAAAUACUAUUCAAAAAGAAAUCUUUCAAUUAUUAGAUGGUCAUCUUUAUGAAAUAAGCAAAGAUGAAAAAGAGAUUUCCUUUUAAAUUAAUGAUAAAUAGUAAAACCCUUUAGAAGAAAUAAUAAAAUUAUAAUCGACAGAUUUAUUUGAUUGCGAAUGUUAAAUCAGAAUUAUAGAGAAUUUAAUAAUUAAAUCACAAAAACUUAAGAGAAUAUUCAAGUAAAAUUGUAAAGAAACAGUUUCUUAAAAUGAAUAAACAAACUAAUAAUUAUUGAGUUAAUUUAAGAAUACUUUUGCAAAAAGUUUAAAUUAAGUAAUUGUGGAUUUGUAGAAGUAAACUAUAUAAUUUUAUUAAUCAAUAAAUAAUAAGGAAUAAAUUAUUUUUAAUGAAGAAUUUAUGACUAAGCUUUAAAAUUAACCUAAAUUGAAUUAAAAAUCUACCUUGAUUUAAGUAUUAAAUUUUAAUUCUCUAUUUGUUGAAGAUAAUGAAAUUAAAGAUUAGAAUGGAAAAAUUAAUAUUAUUUAAAAUAUGUUAAUUGAAUUAAAAAAAGACUAAAAGAUAAUUGUUGAAAAGAGUGUAUUUGAUAUAUUUGAAAAUUCAUCAUACAAGGUUAGGGAAUUACUAGUAUUUAAUUUGGUUAAGAUGUAAUAAAUGGUUUAAGAAUAAGUAAUAUAAGAAUUUUGUGGAAAUUUAUUAAAACAAAUUUGGAUGAUAGAAAAACAUUCAGGUGUUAGAAAUCUUCUGAAAAAUGAUGAAAUGAUAAGGAUGUAGAAGAAAAUGUUCUCAAAAGAUUUACAAAAUUUUUCUAUAAAAUUAAAAAGUGAAAUGCAAUAAAGACUAAAAUAAAUAGAACAACUUGAAACUUAAGUUCUUCUAAGUGAUAAUUAAGAUGAAAUGAAGAAAUAACUAUAAGAUGCUUAUGAUAAUUUUGAAAUUUAUUUAGAUAAUAUUACUGAUAUGUCAUAGAGACUAGAUAUAAGUUUAAUUUUUUUAAGAGAGAUUAGUAAAGAUUUAAAAAAUAUUAAAUCAUCUAUUGAUUAAGUAUUAAUAAGUAUAAAAGGCGUAGAAGAUGAUAUUAGAAGAUUAAGAGGUAAGAAUUUUUAGGAUUUAUUCGAAAUAAGAAAGUAGAAGAUAUUAAAAUAAAAGCUUGAAAAUGAACUAGAUUAAGUUCAUAUAUAAUUUUUAACUUAAGAAUACGAUCCUAUUUCUGGUAAUAAAAAGACAAAUAGGGAAGGAGAAUUAAGUACAUUUUUAAUAAAAAAUUAUUAUGAAAAUUAUGAUGGAGAAGUGAAUGAAUUUUUAUGGAGUGAAUAUGAAAAGUAAAAAGAUGUUAUGAUAAUAAAAGGGAAAGCUGGAUCAGGUAAGAGUAGAGCAUCACGUAAUAUUGAAGAAUUUAUAUGGAUUUGUGAUAAGAUUUCACCAAAUUGGAUUCCAAUUUAUGUAUCUCUUCCUUCAUUAAAAGAUCCUAAUCAUAAUUUAAUUGAAUAAGCUCUUGAAUCUGAAAAUUAUAAUUUUGAUAAUAUUUAAAUAAGAGAAUUUAAAGAGGCUGUUGUUAAUGGAAAUCUAAAGAUUGUUAUUAUACUUGAAAGUUAUGAUGAAAUGAAAUAUGAUUCUAUUGGAACUAAUCUUUAUCAUUCUAAUAGAUUUACUUAAGAUCUCAAUCUCUAAGUAUCAGGAUAAACAGUAAAAAUUAUUAUUACUACAAGAGAAGAAAUUUUAAAUUCUAUUGGAUAUUAAACAUGGUUUUAUGGGUAAAAUAUUGAUACUCUUAAAGAAAUUGAAAUUUUACCAUUUACUUAAGAGUAAAGUUCAUAGUAUAUUAAAAAAUAUGUUGAAAUAAGUGUUAAAAGAACUAUUAAAAAGUUUUAUGAAUUUAUUAAAUAAUUAAAAGGUUAAAAUUUCUCAUUAGAUGAGUUUAAAUUAAUAUGGAAUCAAUUAGAAAAUAUAAUUAAUACUAUUAUAUUAUAAUAAUAAAAUUCAGAAGUAUUAUUUUAAAAUUAAGAUGUUGAAAAACUUAUAUUAAAAAUUUAAACAGUUGAAUUUUUUAAUUUUAUUAAAUCAAAUCAAAUGGUCUCUUUAAAAAAAGAACUUCUUUAAUUAUGGGGAGAAUAGAAAUUAUGUUAAGUAAUCAAUAAUGUUAAUAUAAAUCAUUUAUUAAGUACACCAUUUAUGAUGGAAAUAAUUGUUUAUGUUUUACCUAAAAUGUCAUCAUUUUUUUCUUAAUCUAAUUUAAUUAGAGAUCUCCUAAAAAAAAAUUUUAUGAUUUUGAAAAGAGAAGCUAAGAAUUCAUAAAAAAUUAUUGAAAAAUUUUUAUAAAAGCUAAUAAAUAAUUAGAGUUAAGAGGAAGAAGUACAAAAUUAAAAAGUGAUUUAGACUAAUGUAUAAAAUAUAGAACUUGAAAUAUUAGAAUAAUUUACUUCAAUUGUAGAAUAACUAGACAAUUAAAACUUUUUUGAAUCAUUUUCAAUUGCUAAUUCUUUAGAAUAUAUUAACAAUACUACUAUAUUUUCAAAUAAAUAUUUUAAAGUUAAAAUAGAUGCCAAUUUUAUUGUUUCUGCUUUUAGAUUAAAUUAAUAUACAGCAUUCGAUUUUUAUGAAAUUUUUGUUAAUUUUUAUCACAAUCAGCAAUUAUAAAAGUUGAAAGAUCUUGGUAAAAGUAUUAAAUAAGAAAGUGUAUUAUUAGACUUAAAAGAUUUUUCUAUUUAUUUGGCUAUAGAUAUGUCUUAGAGAUAAAUUACUUAAGUAAAUUAUAAAUAAAAAGGGAAAUUAUUCAUCAAAUAAGCAGAAGAAGAGAGGAAAGUUGAAAUCUCAUGGGAAGAUUCAUAUUUUAGUGAAAAUUAAGUUGAUUUUGAAUAUAAAACUUUAUUACUAAAGUGUAUGUUGAUUAAUUCAAAAGGUAAUAUAUAUUCAUUUAAUCAUAAAUCAAUAUAGGAAUUUUUUGUGGCCAAAUAUAUAUUAGAUUUAAUUGAGAAAAUCUUUAUAAAAGAGAAUCAAAGAAUUGAUGAAAAUAUUAUAUAUAAAAGCAGUUUUAAUAAGGAUUAAUUUAAUUUAUCAUUUGAACAUUAUUCUGGCACUUUAGAAUUAUUAAAGCCUAAAAUAAAAUAGAUAGAAAAUAUAAAACAAAAACUAAUUUAAAUAACAUAAUUAUCAAAUAUAUAAUGUGAUAAUAAAAAGUAUAUUAGAUCAGCUUCAAAUUGCCUUUAUAUUCUAAGUUUUUUAGGUGAAUAUUUAGAUAAUAUAGAUUUAAGUAAUAUUUGUAUCUCUGAUACUAAAUUAAAUGGUCUUAGUUUUUAUAAGUGUAAUUUGAAUAAUUCUUAAUUUGAUAAUAUAUCAAUUGAUUCAUGUAAUUUAAAUUGUGCAACAAUAGAGAAUGCAAAUUGGAAUAACUUAAUUUGUAAAGAAAAACCAUCAUUAAUUGGUCAUAAAUAAAAAAUAAUUUAAAUUGUUUUUAGUGAUGAUGGUAACACAUUAAUUUCAGGUAGUGAAGAUGGAAUUAUUAAUAUUUGGUAAGUAUAUUCUGAUGAAGAAAAAUAAAGUAUAAAUUUAUAAAAAGAUGAAAAUUUAAUUACAAUAACAUUUUCUAAAGUUAAAAAUUUACUUGCAUGUCUUACUUAAAAUAAUAUAUAUUUGUUUAAUACUAUUGAUUUGAAUUAACUGAGUCAUUAAUAAUUAAUAAAUAAUGAUUAUAUAGACAUAUUAUUGUCUCCAAAUGGUAAAUAUUUAGCAGCCUAAACAAAUUCAGGUUAAAUACAUUUUUGGUUAAUAUAGCACAUAUUACAAUAAUCAACAUAAUAAUAAAAGCAUAUAUCAAAAGAAAAAAACUAGGGUUUAAUUUAUAGUAUAACAAUAUCUUCUGAUUAUUAAUUAAUAGCAACAGGUGGUUUUCCAAUUAAAGUUUGGAAAGCUUAAGAUAUUACAGAUAUUUAAGAAAUUUUAGAACUUCCUAAACAAUUAAAACCUGUAUUUGGAGUUGCCUUUUCUAAAGAUAAUUAGAUCUUGGCAACAGGAGGAGAGAAUAAGAAAUUAGAAUUUUGGAAUAUUUAGAACUUAAAUUAAAUUUAAUUAAUAUUUUCUUUAGAUUCAUAAUAGAAUAUAGAAUAAGUAUCUUAUUCAAAUGAUGGAAAUUUAAUUGCUUUAAGAUCAACAUCAUAAUUGAAAUUAUAUGAUGUAUCAAAGUUAUCUGAUUAAUAAGACUAUUUUAUAAUCCAUUCUUAAUUUAAAGUUGAUUUAAUUGAGAUUUCUUAUGAUUGUUAUACUUUAGCUUGUUCUCAAAAGAAAAAUCCUUAAGAAAAAAAUCCUAAAAUCAAAAUAUGGGAUAUAAGAAAUCUUCAUCAUAUAAAAAUGCUCUGUAUAUUUGAAGAACAUAAAGAUGAUGUUUUAUCUUUAAAAUUUACAAAUGAUAAUUUAGUUUUAGGUUCAGGUAGUCUAGAUAUGACUAUUUGUUUAUGGGAUUUAAAUAAAUAAAAAUUAAUAGUUAAAUUGUCAACACAUACAAAUAGAGUUCUAGAUUUGGCAUUUUCAAGUAAUAGAAAUUAAAUGGUAUCCUGUAGUUUAGAUAAAACAAUUAUUUUUUGGGAUAUAACUAAUUUAGACUAACCAUUAAAUUAAAUAACAUUAUAAUAACAAAUUGAAUCUAACAAAGUUAUUUUUUGGCCAAAUAAAUAAAUUGUUGUAUCAUUUAAAUGCUAACAUUCUAAAGAAAUUCAAUUUUGGAAUUCUAUAUAAUUUAAUCUAAUUUCAAGUAUAUAGACAGAUGAAAAUUUUCUAGAUAUUAAUUUUAAUUAAGAUGGUGAAGUUAUGAUUUCAUUAAGUGAAAAAGGCAUUGUUAGAAUUUGGAAAAUAAAUGAAUAAUCUUUUUUAAUUGAAAAACAAAUUUAAUUAAAAGAUCUUUAAUAUUUGAAAAGAAUUUUUUAUUUAAACAGUUAAAACAUUAUUGUUUAAUCUCAUGUAUCUGUGUUUCUAUUGAAAAUAGAAGACAAUCAAAUUUAAAAACACCACUUUCAUUUUUAAAAUAAUGCUUAUUGUAUUUCAGUAGCAUAUAAUUAAUAGUUUAUUGUUAUUGGAAGUACAUUAAGUUUUGAGAUUAUAAUUAUAGAAAAUCAUAACAGUCCAAAUAUGAUGUAUUUGUAAGAUAACAAUAAUUCUUACAAAGACUUUUAAUUUUCUAAUGAUUCAUCACUUUUGGCAAUUGCUACAGAGAAAGGAUCAUUUAUAUACAAUAUUAAAAUUAAUUAAAUAGAAUAGAAAUUUGAAGAAAAUUGUUGUUGUAUUUCAAUUAGCUUUAUUGGAAAUGAAAAAUUAGCAAUUGGUAAAAAUACACUUGGAGGAUAAUUAGUUUUAUAUGAUAUAUAAAAUUCUUAAUCAAUAUAAUAAUUGGCAAUUAUUUAAUUACCCAAUAAUCCUUUAAAGAUUUUAUUCUCAAAUAAAUUAGAAUAAAUUGUAAUUUAUUGUUCAAGUGUUAUAACAGUAUUAAAAUUAUCAGAAUUAGAAUCUAUUUAAUUAAUUUAAAUGAAUAAAUGUAAAAAAUCAAAGGAUAUUAUUUUAGAUUCCAAUUAAUAAUAUAUAGGAAUCGGAAUAGAAAAUCACAUCUGUUUUUAUUCAUUAUUAGAUACAAUUAAAUUGGAUAAAAUAUUGAAAUCAAAUUAAGAAAAUUAAUUUUUACAUAAGAACUUUUCAUUGAAUAGUAAUUUUUUCACAGUAAUUUCAAAUAAUUCAAUAUAUACUAAAUAUGAUAUAAAUGAAAAUAAGAUUAUAAAAUAGAUUAAUUUGAAUUUGUCUCCAUUGUCAUUAUUAACAUUGAACUAUCAAGAAUCAUAAUUAGUAGCAAUUUAAGAAUUGGAUUAAGGGAAAUAAAAAUCAUUAUUAAUGGAUUUAGAAAGUACAAAAGUAAUUUCUUGUUUUGAAGAAAUUGAUGAUGAAAAAAAGUUUAAAUGUAAGAAAGUAAUAUUUUCCUAAGAUGGAUAAAAUUUUGUUUCAAGUUAUGUAGAUCUAACAAUAAAAUUAUGGGAUGCUAAAUCUUGUAAAUUACUUUCUAUGUUUAAAAGUGAUACUUCUAUUAUAGAAUUGAUUAAUAUAUCAACAAAAGGAAUAUUAGCAUAAACAAGUGAAUAAAUAAUAAAGUUAUGGAAUCUAAAAGCAUUAUAAUAAUCAUUUGAAAUGGAUGGUCAUUCAGAUUCUGUUAAAUAAUUAAGUAUAUCUUCAGAUGGUUUUCAAUUAGUUACAGGAUCAGAGGCUGAAAUAAUAAGAUGGGAUUUAAUAGAACUUAAAAAAAUUGAUGUUUUAUUAAAAGGUAAAAGACUCCCUUCUUCAUUUUGUUUUUCUAUGAACUGUUAAUACUUUGCUGCUCUAGAUGAUGAAUAAACAGUACAUAUUUGGAAAUUAAAUACAAAAUAUAUUAUUGAACAUCACUUUAAAUUAUAAUGUAUUUUUAAUGAUAAUCUUGCUUUUAGUAUAAAUUAGACUUAGCUUAUUUGUAAGUAUAUUAAUUCUAAAGUAUUAAUCUUGAACUUAGAGUAGGUAAGUAAAUAAAAAUAACUACUAAAUUAAUCAAAUUUGAAUGUUUAAUCAAGAUCAAUUAUUCUAUCAUCAAAUUUAUUAAUAAAAAGUAAUCCUUUAGAAGUAAUUAGAACAAACAAUAAAUCUGAAUUAAUAAAUGAAAAUUUUGAAGGAAUAUAGCUAAGUAAUAUAACAACAAUAGCAAUAUGUCCUAUUUCAUAGAGAUUAGCUAUAGAAGAUAAAGAUUAUUCUAUUAUUAUCUGGUCAAUGGAGAAGAAAUAAAAAGAAUCAGUAUUACAACAUUUAUCAUUUAAAAAUACAAAAGUUUUAUCUAUGACAUUUUCUGGUAAUGGUAAACUUUUAUUUUCAUGUCAUAUCGAUGAAAAAAUAAGAUUAUGGAACAUAAAUAAUGAUUGUACAUUGAUAACUAUUUAAGAUCUUUAAUUUUAUAAUAAUAGUAAUAGUACAAGAUAAAUAUCAAGUCUUUAGAUAUUUCCUAUAAAAGAUGAAAAGUAUAUAGUUAUUUGGUCUGAAGAUUAUUAAUUUUGGGAUGUUCAAAUAAGUCAACUUGUUUUUUAGAUAGAUUAAGUGUCAAUUUUAGAAGAAUAGUUUAAUAAUGGUUUAUUAUUAUAACAUUUUUCAAUUGGAUAUAGUGAUAAAACUAAUUUAGCAGCAAUAUAAUUCAAAACAAAUCUAAAAUUAUAUGAUAUAACAUCAAAAUAAUAAAUAGCAACAUUAGAAGGAAACUCUUUUCAUAAAUAAUCUUUUUCUUCUAUCCUAAUUUUUUCAGAAAAUGGAAACUCAUUAUUAUCUUUAGGAAGGAAUCAUACAAUUAGAUUUUGGGAUCUUUCUAAUUUAAAUACUAUCAAAUUAAAAGUAAAUUUAGUAAAACCAAUUGAAGCAUCUGCAUUAUAGUUUUUAAAUUCAACAACAGUCAGGUUAUUUAGUAAGUUUGGGGAUAUAAUUGAUGAAAAUCUAUCAGAAUAUUAAGAAGUGGCUGUUAUUGAAAAUGAAAAUUCGUUUGAUUUCAAUUCAAUAUAAAGAGAAUUAGAAGUUUGUAAAUAUAUUUGUAAAAUUGAAAAUAAAACAUUAAAUAUUUUUGAUUCUUAAAAUAAUGAAUUAAAAUUUACUUUGAAUUAAUUUAAUUCUUAAAUUAAGAAAUUAUAAUUUACUUUAUCUGAAGAUCAAUUUAUACUUGGAAUGGAAGAUGGUUCAAUUUUAUUAUAUAAGAUAGACCAAUAAACCUUAAAAAAUUAUGAAUAUCCUGUUUGUUAUUAUGUUUUAUCAAAAAGUCCUCUCCUUUAAGCUUAUCGUUGUAACAUUAGAUAAUCAAAAUUUCAAACAAUCGAAAAUGAAAAUUUUUAAAAAUUGUUAGUUGAAAAAGGAGCUUUAAAAUGA